AUGGAUUCAGGCUCACUCCCACCAUCAAUCACCGAGCCCAUAAUCGCGGCCUACGCACAGGGCAUUCGGCCAGCGUUUGCCUUUAUUCUGAUACCUACCAUUUUCUCAGCCAUGCUCGUGCCCCUUUUCAUCAUGCUCUUGACGCUUUCGACUCCCCAGCUCCGCCGCGGACCCAUCUUCAUUCUCAACACCGCUGCCAUCUGCUUCGGCUUGAUUCUCGCAGCUGCGGCUUAUCUUACCGCUCAGAUGGAAACCAUUCUUUCGCCAUUCCGCACAAUCACCAAAGGCGAAGGUGAGCUCGUGUUGCCGCCUAUCGGACGAGGCGUCAUAAACAUCCUCUUCACCAUCGGCUGGGCAAAGGGGCUAUUCCGCCCCGAGACCAUGAAUCAAUUCGAGGUCCUAGAACAGCUCAACCCGGUGUAUUUCAAAUUGGGGUAUACCCUCGAACUGUUGGAUAAUGCAUACAUCUCAGCGCUAUUCCUCUGGCGACUCGGCCGGACGGGGCGUGUAUUCAAUGGUGAAUCAAUAGGCAGGUUUGACCAUAAGGAAUCAUACUCUGACCGUUUGAAAAACCUGUUUUGGAUUGCCAGCACAAAUUUUGUGUUCCCGAUCAUUUUCAGUGUGUCACAGAUUGCAACUUUGUUCAGGGGACAUACGACCACUGCUGCUGGUCUCCACCUGGCCAACUGUUAUGUUGAAAUCAUCUCGACUGUCUUUGCCACCAUAUGGUCCUCAACAGCUUCCUUUGCUGAGGCAACCAAGGGAACAUUGGCCUCAUCUAUACGCUUUGCACAGCCAAGAACAUCGCCUGGCCUGCCAAUAGAAUUGCAUAUAGACCAAGUGAUAAGUGUUACAACAGACUCUCUGCCAAUCCAAGGACAAGAAGGAAAACCUGGUGGGGUUUAGUACCUAUUAGUCCAGUCAUCAUUCUGAGCAGAAAUUCCUUUCUUUUGGGAGCACCCUGAGUGAUGAGAUGAUUUACUUGUUGAGCACUGGGGAGAGCAUCUAGCAGCUCACCUGUGUGAGUGAGAGCUUAGUGUGG